CAAGGAAGUACCCCGUCCGUCCAGAGGGGCCGUGCCCGGAACAAAGAGCGAGCGAAAGAAAGGGAACCGGGCCCCGCGCCCUGCGCCCUCGCUCCCCGCUGACGCCCCGAUUGGGGGCGCCGCGCUCCUCGCCCCCCGCCGCUCGGAGCCGGGGGCGGAACCACGUGGGGUCUCCCCGCGGGGCCAGAGCGCGCCCCCAGCUCCGCGAAACCACCCAGUUCCCCCAAACAGAGCCCCUCCAGCACGUAUCUCGGGGAGGGCUGGCGAGGUCUGCGGGCGCUGGAUCCGGAAGAAAGGCGGCGCCUCCCACUGCGGGCUGCGGACAAAGGGUUUCCAGAGGUGCCCGCGCUCCGCGCUGUCCCGGCCGCUUCGGCCCCUCCCCCCGGCGACCCCCGGGGGACGCUGUCCCGGGGGAGCCGACACGCCGCUCCCUCGCGGCCCGCAGCGGCUCGCGGGGCUGCGCGCGGACCCGCCACGCAGGCGGCCGUCCUCGCGCGGCGCCCUUCCCACAAUGCAACUCCCCUCGCUCGCGCGCCCCGGCCCGGACCCCAAAUGCGCCCCCCGGCCCCCUGGCGCAGGCCUCCUCGCCGGCUUCCGCGCCCUCCAAGCCGCCCCCCCCCCCCCCUUCAUCCCCGAGGGCUCCCAGUCUCCAGCCGCCGCCGUCGCCGCAGCUGGGCUCUUGGCUCGCUGCCGGGUCCCAGGGGGGGCGCGGGGCAGGUGUCCAGGCUGCGCACAGCCUCCGCUCCCGGUGCCACCGCGGGCGCGCCCGGCACACGCGCGCCCCGCAACCCCUCCCUCCCUCUUUCCCCGAUGCUCAGGAUCCGCCGGCCGCGGUCGCGGCAUCCUCGGCGGGCGCGCGGCGACAAGGAGGCAGCAAGGGGCGGCCGCCGGCAGAGACACCAUGUGACGGGCACCGCUCAGGGACACGCAGCUUCGCUUAAAGAGCGGGCGUGCAGGAGGGGAGGCGACGGCACGCUGGACGCGGGACGAACAGCCUGAGUUUCCCCGCUAAACCAUCACGAGCCAUGGAUGCGCAAGGGCGAUGCGGCCCCCAGUAGGAGAAUGACUGCGAUUCGAGACCCUCAGCAGCCGAGGGUGUGGAUGUAAGUGCUAGGCUGGCGAGUACCGUGUGGGUGGGGGUUGGUGGUGGGGGGAGAUUCUGAUGCAAUCGGCCCGGAAAGGAGGAGGAGAGCCAGGAGAGUGUGAGCUAGGGCGGCCACGCCGCUCCGCCUGAAGGUCGCCGCCCUUCACCUUCGUCGGAAAUCCGCGACACCACGCUCAGCCCCACCACCCCUCCUCCAGUCCUCGCUGACGGAGGCCACCUUUCCUCCGCCGAGGCAGCCAGACCUUGACACAAAGGACAUCGCACGGCCGGGGGAAAAUCCCGGAAGGGCGGAUACCUUGACGUCUCCUUUUGCCACUUUUCCCUUUAUUGCCCGAGAUAUUUAUCGAGUGCCUACUCUGUGCCAGGCAGUAUAUCUAUGCGCAUAGGAAAACCCUCCAAGGUCAUACUCCAGUAUAUGUACAGUGAUCGUCUCCACUUGCUAACAGGGGUGUCAACCUUAUAUUUUUGCUGCUAUCCAUUUGUAAAUACACUCAGAGAAGGAGGACUUGGACUCAUUUUUUGACCACAGGUACUUUCUAAACAUGAUGCAUUUCAAAAGUGGACUCGAAUUAACGGAGUUGCAAAACAUGACGGUGCCUGAAGAUGAUAACAUUAGCAAUGAUUCCAAUGAUUUCACCGAAGUAGAAAAUGGUCAGAUAAAUAGCAAGUUUAUUUCUGAUCGCGAAAGUAGAAGGAGUCUCACGAACAGUCAUUUGGAAAAAAAGAAAUGUGAUGACUACAUUCCAGGAACGACCUCCUUGGGCAUGUCUGUUUUUAACCUAAGCAACGCCAUUAUGGGCAGUGGGAUUUUGGGACUCGCCUUCGCCCUGGCAAACACCGGCAUCCUACUUUUUCUGGUCCUUCUGACUUCAGUGACACUGCUGUCUAUAUAUUCAAUCAACCUUCUGUUGAUCUGUUCAAAGGAAACAGGCUGCAUGGUUUAUGAAAAGCUGGGAGAACAGGUCUUUGGCACCACAGGGAAAUUCGUCAUCUUUGGAGCUACCUGCUUACAGAACACUGGAGCAAUGCUGAGCUACCUCUUCAUAGUGAAAAACGAACUACCCUCUGCCAUAAAGUUUCUAAUGGGAGAGGAAGAGACAUUUUCACCCUGGUACGUGGAUGGCCGCCUUCUGGUGGUGGUAGUUACCUUUGGCAUAAUUCUCCCUCUGUGUCUCUUGAAGAACUUAGGCUAUCUUGGCUAUACUAGUGGAUUUUCCUUGAGCUGUAUGGUUUUUUUCCUAAUUGUGGUUAUCUACAAGAAAUUUCAAAUUUCCUGCCCUGCUACGGAGCCAAAUUCAACAAGCAUUAAUUCAACAAUAAGUAUUAAUUCAACAAAUGCUGACAUGUGUACACCAAAAUAUGUUACCUUCAAUUCAAAGACCGUGUAUGCUUUACCGACAAUUGCAUUCGCAUUUGUCUGCCACCCGUCAGUCCUGCCAAUUUACAGCGAGCUUAAAGAUCGAUCACAGAAAAGGAUGCAGAUGGUUUCAAAUAUCUCCUUUUUUGCCAUGUUCGUUAUGUAUUUCUUGACUGCCAUUUUUGGCUACUUGACAUUCUAUGAAACUGUGCAGUCGGACCUCCUCCACAAGUAUCAGAGUAAAGACGACAUCCUCAUCUUGACGGUGCGGCUGGCUGUCAUUGUCGCUGUCAUCCUCACGGUGCCAGUCUUAUUUUUCACAGUUCGUUCUUCUUUAUUUGAACUGGCUAAGAAGACGAAGUUUAAUUUAUGUCGUCAUGUCUUGGUGACCUUUGUACUCCUGGUCAUUACCAACUUACUGGUGAUCUUCAUACCCGCCAUGAAGGAUAUCUUUGGAGUCGUAGGAGUUACGUCCGCUAAUAUGCUUAUUUUCAUUCUUCCUUCAUCUCUUUAUUUAAAAAUCACAAGCCAGGAUGGAGAUAAAGGAACUCAACGAAUUUGGGCUGCCCUUUUCUUGGGUCUGGGGGUGUUGUUUUCCCUGGUCAGCAUUCCCUUGGUCAUCUACGACUGGGUCUGCUCAUCAAGUGGUGAUGAAAGCCACUGAGGCCAGCUGGAAAAGGAAACCGUCAAGUUACCAUGCAUCAGCAACCCCUCAUCACGUCCUUUGCAAGUUUACAGAAGCAAACAGAAAUUUACAAGAUACACAGUGGAAUAACACUUUGGUAGCAAAACAGAGACCUGUUUCUAU